AAUAAUUGACCUCAGGCGUGUUUUGAAAUCGCGGAAGUCGUGACACCAAAGGUCGACCGGUUUGCGUUCACCUCCGAAUCAAAAUCAUAUACAAUUAGAACAAAGAACUUUGAUGUAAAUGUAAAAUGUAAUUGAAUCGUGAAGUGCUACUGUUGUUCUUGUUUUUUCUUCUGUGUUAUAUUUGGGAUUUAAUUAUGUACGCAGCCGAAAGUUUUUUAUUAAGGACUUCCAUAGUUUUGGGAUUAGUUGCAGCUGUUGUUACUAUUUUGUAUUUAUCGCCUAUGCCAGAUCAGUUCUUCAAAAGCUGUGAUCGUCCUUGCCAUGAACUGGAUUGGCCGAUGAUUUGUCGCGUGAAGCUGAACAUAGACUCUUACAAAUCAUCCAAAAGUAAUUGCCUGAACAAAACUGAUUGUGAUGAUUGGCCUAAAGACACCCAAUACGGCUUUUCUUUAGCGAAUAAUUUAGUCCAUGGUCCAUCGAUCCACGUCUGCGAGAACGACGUGUUAAUAGUUGAUGUAGUGAACAGAUUGCCUGGAAAUGCGAUCUCAAUCCAUUGGCGCGGUCAGAAGCAGACGGAAUCUCCUUUCAUGGAUGGAGUUCCUAUGGUCACCCAAUGUCCCAUCAACAGUUACACCACGUUUCAGUACAGAUUCAGAGCUGCAUCAGCUGGUACACAUCUAUGGCACGCGCACGCUAGAUCCGAAUUGGCACAAGGCAUCUUCGGAGCUUUGGUGGUGAGAAAAGCAGCGAAACUCGAUAAGCAGAGGAAGCUGUACGACUUUGACGACAAAUCCCAUCUGAUCGUGAUCUCUCAAACUCAAGAUUUAAGCACGAACUCGAGAAAACUAUUAGUUAAUGGUAAAUCUUCAGAUGAAGAGUUUAAAGUGAAACGUGGGAAACGCUAUAGGUUUAGGGUGGCUUUCGGAGGUGGCAUCAACAUCUGCCCUGUGACUGUAUCCAUCGAGGAUCAUCUUAUGAAGAUCAUCUCAUUAGAUGGUACACCCAUUCAUCCGAACGAGGUUAAAUCUUUUACCUUAACCAAAGGAGAGAGACUAGAUUUCGUUAUUAAAGCUUCGAAGAGUGCGGGUCGUUACAAGAUCAAAGCUGAGGGACAUUGCACUUCCACAGUCGAAGCAUUUUUGCGGUACAAUGAUGAAGGCUUUUAUCAUAGAGAAGACGAAUCGGAUGUUGGAAUGGAGAUGCGAGGAUUCACGACUGGGCUGUGUGAAAGCCGGAUAGGUCAAGUGUGCUUGAACGACGUGCAGGCAGUGAAAAAGUUACCCAAAGUGCUUAGGCACGACGCGGAUAAAACCAUCUACCUUCCGUUCGAUUAUGCACUUCUUGAGUCGCAAAAAGAUUUCGAGAAGAUCUAUCGCAUGGGAAACAUCACGUUCACGUAUCCACCAUCCCCUCUGCUGACCCAAUACGAAGACGUCCAGACGGAUUCCAUAUGCAGCACCGAGCAGAUGCCAAAGAGAUGCAAAUCGCAGGAAAUCUGCGAAUGCGUUCACGUUGAGAGCGUGCCGCUCGGAUCCACCGUCGAACUGGUUCUAAUAAGCAGAGGAGCCGAUCCCAUUGAAAGCGUGUUCCAUUUGCAUGGAUACAGCUUCUACGUGCUCGCAUCCAGAACGUUCAAGAGGCCGCUCUCGUUGGAGGAAGUCAAAGAGCUCGAUGCCAAAGGAUCUCUGUUCAAAAGGAAUUACGUUUCUCCUAUUGAGAAGGAUACGAUUCGCGUCCCGGAGAACGGCGUCGUAGCGCUGAGAUUCGUCGCAGACAAUCCAGGCUUUUGGAUGCUGCGCGACGAGAAUUCUAACCGAUGGACGCGUGGAAUGGACGUGAUUUUCCACGUGGGAAAACGCGAAGACAUUCCGGAUACUCCGGCGAAUUUCCCAACGUGCGGCAGCUGGAUCGGACCCGACUUCUUCCUAAUAUAAUAAAA